AUGUCCAAUAAAGUCUUACUUGCAGAUUACAAUAAUCACGGUAAUCAGCAUUUCGAGUACCCAGAGCAAGACGUCUAUUACACAGGUACCUAAGUGCAUCUCAUUAUUUGAGGUCGUAAAUUGAAUCAAGAUUUGAAACAUGGACCCUUGGAACAAAGAGGCUGCCAAGACCUCCUAUGUGUGAUACUCUAUUUAUCAGUUUGGGCCUUGAUGAUUUUUUGCGCAAUCAAUUCGUGGGAAGCAGGAGAUGCCUCCAAAAUAUAUUUGCCAUACGACAGUGUAAACUAAAGCCAUGAUAAUAGUAAUAAAGACAAUGCGGAAGGGGCGAUCUCAAGAGUUACUCCAACAUCUACAUCUUAAGCUAGUAGGAAUCUUAUUGCGUCUCGAGUUGUCCUGGAGAAGGUGGAGUUGGCAAAGAACUUCCAUGCUAUCAAUGCUCGGGUCAAACAGCUCCCUAUGCUAGCACCCAAUUGCUAACUCUGUGCUUCCCCACUCUCUAGGUCGACGAGAAAUACAAAGAAUUGAUAACCAACAUUAUUGAUAUUAGUGGAUUCCAAAGACAUUAUGCAGAUAUCGAAGAAACAUGGCCAAUCAUCUUGGCUUGUGCUGGAAUUGCAUUUUUUAUGGCUAUCAUACUAACAUUUUUGAUUAGAUUGGCUGCAGGCUGUAUAGUGUGGGGAAUGAUCUUGAUUUAUUUAUUGCUAUUGGGAGUUAUUGGAACAGUAGCAUUCUUGCAAUCUAAGGGACAAUAUUAAGAGUAUAGAGUUUUGGAUGACGCCAAAUAGUUGGAAAUCAUCGCCUACGUGUUUUGGAGCAUCGGAGUCUUGUCCCUCUUGAUAAUUUUGUGUUUGGCCAAAAAGAUUUCACAGGCUAUUCAAGUUUUGAAAACAGCUGCUGAUUUCACAAGAGAAGAGUGGUAGGCUCUAUUUGUCCCUGUCUUUAUCCUCAUCCUAGUAUUGGCAUUCUUCGCCUAUUGGAUUAUCUUCUCAGCCAUCAUAUAUUCAACCUCAAGUGAUAUCAACAAGAGUUAAUACAGUCCUUAUGUGGAAUUACAAUGGGAUGCAAAGACAGGUUGGCAAUUGUGUCUUUACUUUUUCGGCUUGAUCUGGAAUGUUUGUUUCUCCUUGGCUCUUUGUCAAUUUGUGAUAAGUAGUUGCUGUUGCUUCUGGUAUUACAGUCAUCAAGGUUAUCCCUUGAGUAGCAGUAUCCUAAAAAGUUUUUGCCGUGGAUUCACUACUAAUUUUGGUAGUCUUUUGUUUGGUUCUUUGAUUUUGGCAAUCGUUUGGACAAUUAAGUUUGUGUUGGAGUUCUUGCAUGUAAUUUCAAAUAUUUAAAUCAAUAGAAACAAUUAAAAUAAUCAGUGCAAGGUGACAAUAAUGCACUUGGAUAUGCUUUAAGAUGUGCCAAAUACUAUGUCUCAUGUUUCGAAAAGUUCAUAAGAUUUUUGAAUCAAAAUGCGUAUACAAUGAUGGCUUUAACAGGACAGAGUUUUUGCAAUUCUGCAUAUGAUGCUUUCUAUCUGAUCUUGAGAAAUGCUACCCGUGUAGCCAUCACUCAUGGAUGUAUCAAUUCAAUUCCAUUCUAAUUCUAGUGGGCGAACUCUUUGAAUUUUUGGGUGCCGUAUUUAUUUCAGCCUCUUCUUCCUUCAUUUGUUACCUAAUCAUCACCAAGGCUGAUGCCUACAAAAACAAUAUCUUCAAUCCAGUUGCUCCCACUUUGGUAAGUCUUAUUGUUCAUUACUUUUAGGCUUUCAUCUUGGUUUCAUAUAUGAUCGGCAAGAUGUUCAUGAAUUUAUAUGGAAUGGGAGUUGACACUUUGCUGUUGUGUUUCAUUGUAGAUACUGAGAUGAACAAAAACGAAGGAGGUGCUAAGUCAGUCCCGCAUUCCCUUAAAUAAUAUGCUUCAGAAAUAAAUUGAAUUUUAUAAGCC